AUGGACUCGCAUAAAACACCUUGGGGAUCACAACAACACGUGUCCUACCGGCAGUCGACCUUCGUAGCACCAACGCCUGCCUUUGUAGCUCAUGUGCCCAACCUUUGCAGCACCGGCGCGAGGAGUGGGGCCGCCCUACAACGCCGAGCUACUGGCAUCGCAACACUGUGCAACGAAGUGGUUGCCUACCUUGCACCGUCUAGCAGCACUGGCCUCACAGCAGCGGCCACUCAUAGCCCCCUCCGACUCGAGGCGGCUUCACGUGCCUCUGCCAUUGCUGACGUUUCUGACGCCGUUGCACGGUCGUCCUAUCGGCCUCUCUGUGGGAAGAAGCAUCUGGGUUCUCCCUCUGCUCAGGAUCCACCCAAGGUCCAGAAGAGAUUAACAAAAGAAGAAAGAAGGGACAGGGUAGAGGAAUUUGUUGAGAAUUACAGGGCAUCACAUGAAGGAAAAUUUCCGUCUGCUACAUAUGUUCGUAAGCAGGUUGGAGGGUCCUAUUACGUAUUGUGGGCAUUACUCCAGGAACUGGAGUACAAUUCGAAGCUGAGGAGUGAUGUCAGUGAUGCCUCUUUCAACUCAACCAGAGAUGCCAGGACCAGCUUCGAGGGCAUAAAGGAAGAGACGGAUCUACCCGAAGUCCACAAGAGAAUGACAAGAGAAGAAAGAAUGGCCAGGGUAGAGGAAUUUGUUGAAAAAGGGAGUAUAUUACACAGUAAUGUCUUACAGCCAGCUGAUCAACUCUGUUUAUCAGAUGUUGGAGGGUCCUACUAUACAGUGCUGGCAUUACUCCAGGAAUUGGAGUAUAAUUCAAGACUCAAGAAUGAUGUAAGAAAUGCCUCUUUCAGCUCAGAAAACUUCAAGGAAAAAUACGGGCUCCACAAUAUCGAUCUCUCUCCAAGAGUUGCUGCUACCAACUUUCAGGGUGUAAAUGAAGAAAUGGCUAAAACUUCGGAACCUCUGGAUCUAAAUACUAAGCCACAACUUCCAAAAUGCCAUGGUAAAGCUGGAGCUGCCAAGCCAAAGUUAUCCCCAACAACUUGUUUGGAGGAUAAAAGUGAGCCAAUGGCAUCAGGUCAAACUGAAAACAACAAUGUGGUUAAGGCACAAAACCUCAAGAGGUACUGCUUGCAUUCCCUCACGCAAGAUCAACAAUUGAUUUACAAAUGA